AUGUCGGUUAACCUAUAUCGAGUUUCUGACUUGGAUGAUCUUAAGGAUAUUCUCAAAGAGAAAAUUCGAGUGUUAAAAGACGUCAGCUCAAUAGAUAUAGUGUUUCUUGAUGACAAUAACAGACAUAUUCCACCGAGCACCCCUAUACAACCUCUGGUCGACAGUAGGACAGCCAGAUCUCCGCUUGUCGUACGUUAUCCAAUAUCAAAUUCGAGCAUCGUCGCGAACCUCAGUUUUUCAAGCAAAACCAAUAAAUGCGAAAUACCCCAUUCUAGUGGUGCAUGGUUUAUUCUUCAAAAUGAGGUUAUGGAAAAGUUUAAAAUUGACCUUCCGCGAAUAACUCCGAAUGUGUUCAACGAGCGUACUUUAGAUUUAAAUGUGCACAUAAAGGGGAGAAAGUCAUUCGGCGAUUGGACUUUUAGAGAAGUGGCCGAUGAGAUUUAUAAUAAUAAUUUCGAUCAACUUAAUAAAAUCCCAAAGUUUAGAAUAGAGGACUUGCCCGAGUUAAGACCGCAGAUAAGUGAAAAGGAAAUCGAAAAACUUAUCGGCCAGCUUAAAGAUAAAGUCUCUGUGUUUGGAGGAAGUUUAAGUAUAAACGAAGCUACCAUGCGUGAAUAUAUUUCGAUUUUCAUAACCGCGGCGGUUAAACACAUUCACCAAUAUAAAGAUUCGACAACGACUUUAUAUGUCAAGUCUGAACUUGAUGGGUCCCGAGGCUAUGGUAAUUCGGACUACAAGAUUGAAAUACAAGAAGUUCCGGUAUUGAUUAAUAGGAUCAAGAAUCAAGAUGCUGUAAAGAGUGUUGCUCAAAGUUUGGUAAAAGUGUACACUGCAGCCGAGAGAUUGUCAAGGAAACGAAAACGUGAAGAACAAGAGAAUUCUGGUUUUUCGCCCCCAGUCUUGUUCGGCAUAGUGACAACGGGCUUCGAAUGGCGAUUUAUUCGUUGGUCUGGUGCAUUACAGCUUCCAAAAGUUGAAAUAACCGACACCAUUUAUUGGAACGGCAUUGACCAACAAGCAAAAAAGGUGGUAUCACACAUUGCACGAUUAUUACAAGCACAAGUGGAUAUUUUAAAGGAUGAAAAAAACAACAAUGUUGGGGAUGAAGCACGAGAUGGUAAACGUCACAGGAAGAAAUAA